CAUCUAAAUAUAACAUAAGCUCAAAGACUAACCAAACCCAUCAUCUUCACACAACUUCUCUCUAUAUAUCUUUCUUUUACAACCUCAGUUUCAAGAAUCUCUAUGUGUUCGUUGUCUUUGCUUUUUAUAAGAUUCGGUUUUUGAGUUUGGUCUUUCUUUGGAGAGGUGGCUAUCUUCGUUCUUAUUCUUCUUAAAACGUAGUAACAGCUUUAUAAAAAUCCUUGAAAGCAUGUAAAGUUAAGUCAUAGAUCCAUUUUCGUCUCCUUCCUUAAAAAAAAAAAAAAAAAAGUUUUUGAUCGAUUGAUGAGUUUUCUCAUUUAUUGAUCUUUCUAGUUUUAACUUGUGUUUUGGUGAAACCGGUCCUGGCGAAGUUUAAACCUCAAGUGUAAACCCAAAUUUAUAAAAACUUUCAAAUCAUGUAAAUUUCGUCUCUAUCAAUUUAUUGCCCUACCCCAAGAAAAAAAAAACCAAAAAAAUUAGUAUUUAGAAUUUAUUUUCAACAACAUACAAAAAAAAACCCAAGAAAAAAAGAAAGUUGGAAAUGGCUCCACCGGAGGCUGAGGUGGGUUCAGUAGUGGUGAUGGCUCCUCCAACCCCGGGUACGCCGGGAACGCCGGGAGGACCGUUGAUAACGGGAAUGAGAGUGGAUUCAAUGUCGUUUGAUCAUCGGAAACCAAUGCCUCGAUGCAAAUGCUUGCCGGUGAUGGGAUCAACUUGGGGUCAACAUGACACAUGCUUCACCGAUUUUCCCUCUCCUGAUGUCUCCCUUACUCGCAAGCUUGGAGCCGAGUUCGUGGGAACAUUUAUCCUGAUAUUCACCGCAACGGCCGGUCCAAUCGUUAACCAGAAAUACGACGGAGCAGAAACCCUAAUUGGUAACGCGGCAUGCGCGGGACUCGCCGUGAUGAUCAUAAUACUCUCAACGGGUCACAUCUCAGGGGCUCAUCUAAACCCGUCACUUACCAUAGCAUUUGCAGCUCUAAGACACUUUCCUUGGGCUCACGUGCCCGCUUACAUAGCGGCUCAAGUCUCAGCUUCCAUUUGCGCUUCAUUCGCACUUAAAGGAGUGUUUCAUCCUUUCAUGUCCGGUGGUGUCACUGUUCCAUCCGUUAGCCUCGGACAAGCAUUUGCUCUUGAGUUCAUCAUCACUUUUAUCCUCCUUUUCGUUGUCACUGCCGUCGCCACUGACACUCGUGCCGUUGGAGAAUUGGCUGGUAUAGCUGUUGGAGCCACUGUCAUGCUAAACAUUCUUGUUUCAGGGCCAUCGACUGGUGCAUCUAUGAACCCAGUAAGGACUCUAGGACCAGCCGUUGCAUCAGGAAACUACAGGUCACUCUGGAUUUAUCUAGUGGCUCCUACCCUUGGUGCUAUAGCUGGUGCAGCUGUCUACACAGGUGUCAAGCUUAACGAUAGCGAGACUGACCCGCCUCGUCAGGUAAGGAGCUUUCGUCGUUAAGUGAGUAAGAGACUUGUUUACAAGUCUUUUGCUUUGUAUACUGUUUACUGUAUGAUUAUGUAAUGAUAUGAAAAGCUUUUGGAAGCUUGUGUGAAGAAUAAAAGGCGAUGUGACUACAAGUCCACGCUCGGCAUCGGUUUAUAUUAAGUCUGAUGCGAAGUUGUCGUGUCAUUGUCAAAUUUGUGUCUGUGUAAUAAUACACUUUUACGUGUGGUUUGUGUUUCUUUGUUGGUUUGCUGUUGUAUGUUACCUAUAUGAGACAAGGCUCUUUUUAUUAAUAAAAGCUAUUUGUGUGCGUGUAA